UGCAGAGUGACAACAAUCCUCUCUCCCUCCUCUGGAACCCCAUCCCCGCAACCCACGUGCCCCACCAACAAACCCUCCCCCUGACAGUCCCCGAUCUCGCACCGGGUCGGUCGGCUAAAUAUCACUUGGCUGCAUGACGACGCCCGCCGAGCAGCAAGAAUAGGCUCCAUCAGCCAUCAGCUGCUUACGCUCCUCUCACACCAAUCCUUACCCUUCUUCUCCGGGUCGAUCACCCGCUCAUCUCCGUCAAACAGCUUCAGAGUCGUUUGUCGUCCGGGGGUUCCGGUGCAUUGGAGAUCUAGUGAUAGAGAGAUUCAUGGACAUGGAUCUUCAGCAGCCAGGACCCGUUGAUGGGCAGUCGAACGGUCACGUCGAGGAGGUCAUCGCGAACAGGCCACAAGAUGGAUCAAUAGCGACAGCGUCCCAGACAUCGAACCAACCGGACCUGCGUCCUUUGAGCACUUCGGCCGGUGAUGUUGCCGAUACCAAUCCUCCGUCGAUAUCAUCUUCGCAACCACCAUCAAUAGCUGCACCAUCAUCACUGCCGCCCACUCAGUCUCAGUCGACAAAUCCUCCUCUCCCUCAAGAUGUCGCAUACAACUCGAACCCGAACUCUACACCCACCUUUGCAUCUUCCCCUCAACCACAAACACAUAUACAAGCACAAUCACAAGCACAGUCACAUCCAGAUCCUAACAACAUCAAUGCGAACGCAAACACAAAUACACCCCGUCAACCUCCCCACCCGGACUCUCCUCUCCCACCCGCCUUGCAAGCUCAAUUCUACGCUCGGUUCAGGAUCCAACCUCCGCAGACUCAUGGACAGCUGCAACAGUUCUUACGGCAGGCCGCUCAGGCUCAAGCGGCUUUCCAGGCGAGGUCUGCGAACAUGAACAUGAACGCGAACAUGAAUGGGGCUGCGCCUGGGGUGCGGCAGGGAGAGUCGGCAGGUGAAAGGCCUGGUGCUGGACCCGGUCCUGGUGCUGGACCCGGUCUUGGCCCGAUGGGAAUGGCGAUGAAUGCGAAUGCCCAGGCGGGUAGUCAAGCUCUAGCCAACCUCAAUCCGAAUCCGAACCCGAAUCAACAAUCAAACCCGAGUUCUGGGGGUGGGACACCUACGGUUCAGAACGGGCAACACGCCGAACAAAGCUCGAACGUAGGAGUACCUUCCAUACCGGAAUCAGCGCUGGCACCGGUCGUCUCUCCCGCAGAGUCGGUAUCAGCGCAGAAGUCUGGAUCUCAAUCUGGCACUCCGAACUCGACCACUCUGGUACAGGCGGUCGAGAAUGGGGCGUCGACACCGAAGAGUGGGACGAUGUCGUUCCAACCUGGACCGACAUCGUUAGGUGUGACGGACCAGGCGGUCGGUCAAGGUCAAAAUCAGACACCUCAGCUCAACGAACAGCCUCUCGGGGGGACGCCUGCCGAAUCAGACUCGACGAACCGACCAUCCGACGUCCCUUCUUUCCGACCUCGUCAGCUCUCCGGGUCUGAUAGGGGUGAUCUGCAUGCCGCGUUGGCUUCGGUCGUGAAGAGUCCCGCUGGGAACACGCUUGCCCUUGGAGGACCUGGAGCGGGAGUAGGUCUGGUCGGCAAUGGAAGUGGAAGUGGACCGCACUUCGAUGGAUUGGGCAGGUUGCCGGCUGGGAUGGAUAUGGAGGCUAUCAGGAGACAAAUGCAAGCUCUAAGAGAAAGUCAGAACAGACGAAGUAGCGCUUCGGGAAGCCAACAGCCUAUGAUGGCGGGAUCACCUGGAUAUAAUCCGAUUUCCAACCCGCUCGGAGCGGCUGGAAUGGCAAUGAAUGGGAGCGCGGUUGCGAAUAGUCCGCUUGAUGCGACUAUGGGCGCGGGGAGCAGCCCGGCGUUGAUCACGGAAGUCAAUGGCGAGAAGGGUGGACACGAUCAGCAGGUUCAAGCUCAGGCCGGGCAAGGUACGAACGGGACGGAGAACGUUGGAAAUGGGGCGGAGGCGAAGGUGGACGCGCAGCAAGGUGUUCCUGAUAACGCAUCAGGAACACCUUUAUCAGCGAACAACGAGAUGGGCUCACAACAGCAGCAGCAGCAGCAGCAGCAGCAGCAGCAAUCACAGCAACCACAGCAACCACAACAACAACCACAGCGACGUCCCACGAACCCAAACCAGGCUGCGUUCGCCGCCCAUUUCUUACAUACCCUUCGGCAAUUUGUAACGGCAAGGAAUAUUCCUACUCCGCCGAAUCUGUUUGUGUACGAGCCGGCGGACCCGGAGGUUCCUGGCUCCACGCCCACGCCUGCAGGGGCGAUAGACGUUUUCGGGAAGAAGGUCGACAUCUUCAGGCUAUAUUUUACUGUCGUGCAGAUGGGAGGAUGUGCUAAAGUCGCAGCCAUCGACGGCUGGACCAAAUUGGCUGCCUCAUGGGGCUUCCCACCGUUCUUGCCCAGUCCAUGGACUUUACUCUCCGGGAACUCGCAAGGCUCAGCUCAGCAGUUCCAGAUGACGAGGACAACAACGAUCCCUGGCGAGAUGCUGUUGAACAUCUACGAGACCGUAUUGCGCGAUUUUGAAGAGCAAUCGCGGAUCGGUCAGGCGGCUCAGGCAGCACAGGCUGCCAAGAUGCAGCAGCAGCAGCAGUUGGGACGUUCGCAACAGGCACAACAGGCAGGCGAUGUCUCAACGGGACCUAGCGGGAAUGUCGGCUCGACCGACGACCGGGAUCCAUCGAAAUCCAACCAGCCGAUAAACGUCGAUGGCGAUUCCAAACGUGAUCUUCCACCUGGUUCGGAUAAUCCAAGCGAGCAGGUGCAUGACUCGGCAUCAGGAAUACCCGAGUCUUCAGCGAAGGACAUCGAAGAGACGGCCAAGCUCGAUCAAACGCCUGCAAACGCGGCUCAGGCCGGAUCAUCAUCUCGACCGGCUUCCAGAGCCGGUUCCACAGUGUCGCAGAUGGGACCAAGUUCUUCUCUAGGUUCAAGUCGACCUGAAGGGGAAAUGUUGGCUCAUCGACAACGUAUGCUUCUGCAAGCCCAGACGAAAGCCAUGCUACAGGGGGUUCCCAGUCCGACCUUGUCGAUUCGCUCGAAUCAGGAAAGCGGUCCUAGUGGUAGCGGUAGCGGCGUGUCUGUGAAUGGCUUCAACGGGUCUUCAGGCGGACCGGGUUCGAAUGGUCAGGAAGAAGCGACAGGUCUCAAGCGAAAGCUGUCCGACUUGGCAAAACCUCGCGAGAAGACCCCCGAACCGCUGCCGAAACGGAUACGAUACAAGAUCGAAUACAGACCGCUCAGCCGCAUGGUGGACGCUCAUGGUGGUUGGGACGUCGAGGCCUUGGCGCUUGCACAUCGAGAUAACGCUCUGGCACGGGAAGCGCUGAUGGUGGAGGACUUGGGAAGGGUCGACAUCGAAGCCCUGUCGAUGAGCAUACGUUCGCGAAUACCUUCCGAGCUGUCCUACGCUUUGACCGUUCUCGGAAUGCUUUCGAUGCCAGGCAAGGGGGAUGAUAAAGGUGGUUUGGGGCUAGGUCACUGCGGCGAUCUGCUCGACGACCUUGUCGAUCUUGUCGAGGACGAAGCCUUUGGGGAGGACGGGUGGAAGGACUGGGCGGAAAAGGUUCAGGCGAUCUCUUCCACGACAAGAGGACCUUUGGAUAUGACCGAAAACCGGAAGACCCCACAUAAGGACCUGCUCGUAUCAGCCCAAGUGGAGGAUUACAGCCGCGCAGACGCCGACCAGAGCCACUUAUCCCGUCGCGUCGAGGUUGUCCUGCUGGUGGUCAGCUUACUCCGAAAUUUCUCGCUGAUGGCGGAUAAUUACACCAUCAUGACUCGGCACGCACGCGUUGUCGAGAUCAUGAUUCGAGUUUGCGACCCGCGCCUGACACUACCAGUCUCGCCGGUAUGGAGCCAGAACGAGGGACCGGCCAUGUUCAAACAGGCCGAUCAUCUUCGCAUACGGGAAGACGUUCUCGAUGUCUUUCACGGCCUAUCUUCCAGCUUAAACCUGAGGGUUCUACCUCUGGACGCGGUCGGCCUCAUGGUCGAGCUUGCACUAUCGCAUUUGAAAGGGUCGCAGACGGAUCUGAUCAGUGAUCGCCUGUUCCGCGGACCUGCGGAUCCUCUGGACAUGCCCGACAAGGCCGUAUUAGCGCUCGAGAUCCUCACGCAGACGUCUUGCUCCGACCCCAAUCGAAGGGUCUUGCGUCAAUUAGACGCUGACACUAUCGUGGAGGUCUUUAUGACGUGCCUCAAAUAUCUCGCGUUCGACGAGCAGGACGCCAAGAUGUUGUUGCACUAUCCGCCCAUGCUGGACGUGCAAGUCAAGCUGGCAUUUUGCCUCUACAAUUUUGCCUUUGUGGCGUCCCUUCCCGCUCGGGCACGUCUGCGCGAGACCGUAGGCGUACUCUCUGUCCUCAGCACUAGUAUCCACUUGCUCAGUCGAGCCACGGCACAUCCUUAUGCUGUCAUGGUACGCUGCCUGAGCGAGACGAUAGGCGUCUUAAACGGGCCGGACGAUCUCAUGGGAGAACGCCGGCAAUUGACCUUCGGGUCAGGUGCCAGCGUCAGGGGUCUCAAGGGCUGGAAUGACGCGCAGGACGUGAUGGAGCAAGGUAUCCUGGCAGGAUACGAGGACCGGUUGUUGGUCGACUUUCUCGCUGUUGGCCGGGCCGCCGGACAGUUGGACAAGGCGACUUUCGAGGCGAUCUCGAGAUCGGUAUGGGCGUUGUAAGGGUGUUCAAAAAGAGGAUGCAAUGAAAUAUACCAUGGCAAGCAGAGGCGACACUGCAUCAGGGUUGCGUGAUGGA